AUGCAGAAACUACUCCAAACUGUCUGUGUGUUGCGUGUUACGAACUGGUUAGCCUGUCAAGUUCAUGGGCCCUGCGUCCUUGAAAAGAGGUUUUGCGCUGUUGCUACCAGAGUGGAGGAGGGGAAACCUGACAAGUCGUCUGCCACCGCUAUAGAGGUAUCCAGUCAGGCGUGUCUGAGCGAGAAUAGUGAGGCCACGACGAUCAAAGAGCCAAACCAAAUGGGCACAGGUGUGGUCAAAGUGGAAUAG